GCGUGCUUGUGGCAAAUGUCCAUUGCAUCUGUGGGCGUGACUAUAGCCCCGGAGCCGCCCCCCGCGACGCCCAUCAUCACCACCAAGUACGGGCAGCUGCGUGGUUUCUACCAGAGCGUGAGCGGGUACGGGCUGCGGGUUGCCACGUACCUGGGCGUUCCCUACGCUACCCCGCCCGUGGGGGCCAACCGCUUCAGCCCCACCCGCACGCUGUCCCAGUGGGUGGGUGUGCACGAGGCCACCAGCUUUGGGCCGGCGUGCCCCCAGCGCCUGCCCGACGUCAGCAAUGAGACGGCCGCCCUCGGGAGGCUGUCGCGAGGCCGCCUCCAGGCCAUCCGGAGGUAUCUGCCGGCGCUGCGGCGGCAGAGCGAGGACUGCCUCUACCUCAACCUCUACGUCCCGGAUGAAGAAAUGACCAGAAAAAAAUUAAUGCAGAGAAUCCACACAGAAGCGCGUCGAGUUCAGCAGAGAAACCCGGACGUAACUCGACAGCUGAAGGAGUAG